GUCUCUCCUCCUCUUCGCUCCAUCUCGUGCAUACCGGUCGUUCCCUCCCUCCCUCUCUCUCAGUCUGCGUGCUGUAGCCCUGCUGUGCGGUCCUCUCAGCCCUCUGUUGUAGCACCAAAGGGAGGAGGAGCCACCGGCACACACACUCACACACGCAUACUCACACAGACACACACGCUCUGACAUCUCACAUCAUCUCUUUCGCACACUCACUGUAAGCACCAGCCAAGCCAGCCAAGGCCCGUUUGGAGCAGGGGAGCCCAGCCGUCUCAUCGCCCAAGAUGGAUGUACUGAUGAAGGGGUUCUCCAUGGCCAAGGAGGGAGUGGUGGCCGCCGCAGAGAAGACCAAAGCCGGCAUGGAGGAGGCAGCAGCCAAGACCAAGGAAGGGGUGAUGUAUGUAGGCAGUAAGACAAAGGAGGGAGUUGUGUCAUCAGUAAACACAGUGGCCAACAGGACCGUGGAUCAGGCCAACAUUGUGGGAGACACAGCGGUUGCCGGGGCCAACGAGGUGUCACAGGCAGGCGUGGAGGGAGUCGAGAACGUCGCCGCAUCGACCGGGCUGAUCAACCAGGAGGAGCCUGUAUACGAGGGAGAAUACGGGGGAAUGGAGCAGGGAGGCGAAGGAGGAGAGGGGUAUUAGUCGUGUUCAGGACCUCCCCUGCCGUCCUCUCCAGCAGCCCCCCGCUCCCCUCGCCUCGCAGACUCCAGAUGUUCAACAUAUUUUUUUGUGACUUUACGGAACCAAAAUCAACUAAAACAGACUCUUCCGGAUGCCGCACCUCAGCCCCCUAACCACCCCUCUGCCUCCCCCCCUGUUACACCUCCCCCGCCCCACCCCACCCCCCAGCAGCCCUCCGUCAGCUGUCUUCACCCCCCCUUUUUCCUCCCUUCUCUGAUCUUCUGCAGCCUGUAGCUUCUCCUCCAUCGCCCGACUUACCCUCACCUCACCUGUGUGUUAGUGUCGUCCUGAUAUGAGCCCUGAUGUUGUUACUGCCCCCACCCACGCCUACCGUUAAGGAAACCUCACGCACAAACACACACAUACACACAAACAAAAAGAGACACACCUUCAUUAGGCACAUGCAUGAAACACACACAUACAGUACAUACUGUAAAUGCCAGCACAGACGCACACAGUGAUGAGUGAUAACUGCAGGAAAUUAAAUUUUGGUUGCAAAUACAGUUAAGCCUCCGCAGUCCGCAACAAUAACUCACUGUGUGACUGUGAGGCAGGGUGUGAGAGGGUGUGAGAGCUGCUGUUUGUGUGCCUGUGUGUCCAUGUUUGCUUAUAUAGGUGUGUGCAUGUGUAGCUGCUGGCGUACAAAAUAAAAUAAAUCUCCAGAGGCUUGGGCAGGGAAUCGUGCAUUCGAUGGCAGAUACCAUCCUGUGACGUGUGCAGUAGUUAGUUAGCCACAGUAGACUGCAUGAACAGAUGUGUAGAAUGACUUGUCACGUGUUGAAUCUAUAGAGUAGCAGCCGUUCUGUGUAGCUUUGUAUGGCUUAGUGUGCGUUUCGCCUCGGCAUUUAGAAACAGGGUUAUUACAGUGUCAUUAACCAAGAAGCAAUACACAGUCCUCAUUGUUCUCAGAUAUGAUGCAUGAAAACAAAAGCAGUUGUGAUUUAGUGUCAAAUUUUCAAAGAUUUUAUCCGUAACAUUAAACAUUUGUGGCUAAACAAGCAAAGUUAAAGUGUGAAGAAAGAACAUAUUAGCUGUAAAUUAAUAACAUUUAACAGUCAAUAAUUGCUCAAUUUUGAUUGGUUCAUGGAAAUCCCUGGUAACUCUUUUUUAUUUGUCAAAAUCGAGCCCAAAAUCAUUUGAAAUAACCAGCGUUGCUCUGGCAGAAAAUAAUGUGUUCAAAUGUGCACUCAAGCCGAUUAGCGUCAACCCCACCGCUGUGUCUGUCAUCGCAAAUUCUAAAUCUACAGAACUUUAUUUCAGAUCCGAGUGGAGAUCCCAAAGUUUCCAAACAUGUCAGGGGGAAUUUUGGAGAAAUGCUGCACAAUACAUUCAGAAUAGAGUUUUCCCCCUCAGUACAAACAUCAAACAGCUUCAGCGAAGAGCUACAGUAAAACAAUCUGAUACAGAAUAUGUCAAACAAAUUGAAUUUGAAAGCUACUUAAGGGGAAAUUAAAAAGGGAAAAUUCAAGUUUAAGGGGUUGAAAGGGGACUACAGGGAGGAAAAAUGAGCAGCUCAUAAUGAUCACCUCUUAUUAUAAAGUUGCUUUUUGGUCUUGGUGAAGCUGGUUUGCAUGCCAUCGAGGAACUAGAACACCUCUGCCAACCAGUCAAGUUGCAGUUUACAUCCAUGUCUGCCCAGACUCAGUAGUAGUGUAAUGUAGUGAUGACUUUGAAGGAAUUAAUUAAAUAAUUAGUGUAUGAAUUCUUCAAAUAUAACCAAAAAAAAGACAGUUUUUUGAGGACACAGUAACCUUGAUGUUUGGACUCUAACCUCCAUGUACAACCCAAAAACAAGCAAAAGAAAAAAACCCGACAUGAGUCAGGUGUGCAGAUUCCUGUGAUGAGAAACAAUCACUCGGUGAGAGAAUCAGUCCACUAAGAGAAAAUGAAGGCUUGGGUUUUAUCGUAGAUCAGCUUUAUGUGUAGUUCUGUGUACAGCUUGAAUUCUGGGAUAUGUAGUUGUUUAUAGGAUAGAGUUUUUAUUUCACACCAACUUAGUCUGAACCCCGGCUGCUCUGAAGCUCCCGCUCAUCAACUGUCUCAACCAAUCAGACGAUUCCCUCCUCCUGUCACUCAAUGUCAUGCCACCUUUCACUGCUCGUCUGCCCGGCGUCAGUGUGUGUGUCUGUAUGCACUGUAUGUGUGUGUGUAUAUCAUAUGUGUGUGUGUUAACAUAGGGUUCAGCCAGCAAAGUGUGCGUGUGUGUUUGUGUCUGGAGCAGGUUUGUGUGUUUUUACUUUGAGGCCAAUGGAAACUGAUGACUGCAUGUUGCCUUAUCAAGCAAUCUGACAUUCACACACACACACACACAUAGACAAUACAAUACACCACACUUGUACUAACACACACUUGAACACACACGCACACCGCACACUCAAAACAACACACAAUCACACACCCCACCUCAAAUACGCAAACACAGAUCACACACACCAUGUUUAAGUUGGCAUCAAAGCAGACUCGCUGAUUUUAUAAACAGUACCAGUGAAAUUAAAAAGGUUUUGUUGAAAUCCA